AAAUAAUUGCAUUUCUGUGAGAGUGUGUGCUGUGUCGCAGUUUCUCUUGCCGUACUGAAAAGACGCUGUGCGUAUCCGGGCACGGAGGGAGUAAAGGCGUGAGAAAGAAGAUCGUGUUUUAGUGUAGCGUUAGUGGAUUGUAGAAGCGGUCCCGUACGCCGCCGGCGUGCCGAAGAACAAACAGAACAGACUGAUCGAGUGAGCGGGCUCCAUCUAACCCCUCUCCCGUGACUGGUGUACUAUCUCGCUGCGACCUACCGUUCACACUAGAAGACUCUGAGCAGAGGGUGCCUUACACUGUCUGCUCCAACAAUUUGAGAGACAGUGCAGUUCAAUCUACACCUACCUCAAUAGGUGAAUGGGCACUCAUUUGUCGAGGCCUUAGCGACACAAUAAGUGGUCCCUGCCUGCCCAGAACACCUUCGCGGAAACCAGAAUCAGUCACUACAGCACACACUCGGCAAGUAUAGAACUGCCAACUUCCGACUUUCUAUAUAAUAUCUGUCAAUCCGGCAAUUUUUGAAGCAGGUCGCCUUGAAAAAAAACGUCUUUUUUUGGACGUGAAAGAGGUCAUCUUUUGAUACUCCCGUACCAUUUUUUGUCUUCCUUUUGCCUGUUAAUUCUACACCUGAGUGUUCCCUACUCAAAGAAAAAUCUGGAAAAAUUUCGACCACUUUUAUCCACUUAUCUUUUGAACAAAGCAUCGUGGGAGUGACUCAAUUUUUGUUGGUAGUCCCGUAAAAAUUCUGGAAAAAAACAGCAGCCAUGGAAGAAACGAAGGUCAUAUACUACAUCGACGACGAAGACACGCCGUACAUGAUGAAAAUCAUGGAAAGCCCGAGUAAAGUAACUCUCAAAGAUUUCAAGGCUCAGCUCAACAGACCGUACAAGAAGUUCUAUUUUCGAUCGACGGACGACGACAUCGGAACCGUCAAAGAAGAGAUUGCUAGCGAUGACAUGUCUCUACCAAACGUCAAUGGCAGAGUCGUUUGCUGGGUGGUAACUGGAGAGCAAGGCAGUCAGUCAGGUUCCGAUACCGGAGGCUCCAAAGAGAAACUCGAUUCCACGAAAGAAAGAGAUGGAGAUGACGUCUCGUUAGUGUCCCGGUCGUCACGGCGAUACAAGCCGCACAGACACCACCACCGUUCCCACGGACACCCGCGACAACGGCGACGACAUCGUGUCGGUAACGCUGGCGACGAGUCGGCCAUGUCGGGGACUGACUUUGACAGUCAGACAGAGUUCACCAGUGCCUCUUACACAACAACUGACUUGGAGAGUGUGGCUGACACUUCUGAUACUGUCAGUCGAGUGAGUGCCAGCACGCUCACUUCGCUCCAGCCGAGAAGAAAAAUUUUGACCAAACACAGGCCGCCGAAAAGGAGCAUGUCAAUGAGCACAAUGACGGCUACAAGUGUCAGUAAUGCAUCAAUGCAGAUUGUACAGGUCACACUCAACAUGGACACAGUUAAUUUCCUGGGGAUAAGUAUCGUGGGUCAGACAAGUGAAGAUGGUGCCGGUGGCAUCUUCGUUGGAUCCGUCAUGAAAGGAGGAGCAGUAGCGGCUGACGGGAGGAUUGAGCCCGGAGACAUGCUGCUGGAGGUGAACGAGAUAUCAUUUGAGAACAUGAGUAACGACGACGCAGUCAAGGCACUGAGGGAGAUAGUCCAGCAGCCAGGUCCCAUCACUCUCACCGUGGCCAAGUGCUGGGAGCCGGAGCCCGUCGUACCACACUUUGAGCCGAGAAUGGAGCCGAUUCGGCCGAUUGAUCCGUCAGCCUGGGUCCAACAGACCAAUCAGAUGCAAGAGUAUUCCUACGGUCGUCCGUUCACCGGGAGCCCGACUCUCAGUACAAUGACCUCAAACUCCUCCCCCAGCGUGACCAGUUCCGUACCGGAAUCGGAGACGUGA